GUCGGUGCCGGCCAGGUUUGGACCACCCCCGAACCUUCCACCGCUGUCCGCCGCAGGGGUGGACGGCCGACCGUCGGUGCCGGCCAGGUUUGGACCACCCCCGAACCUUCCACCGCUGCCCGCCGCAGGGGUGGACGGCCGACCGUCGCUGCCGACCGGGUUCGGACCGCACCUGGACCAGCCAGUGUUCCCGGCAGCAGUGCCAGACGGCAGAGCUUUCGCGGCCGACAAUGCUCCGGCUGGGUUUGAACCGUCCCCAAACCGGCCAGUGUUCCCGGCGGCAGGGCCAGGCGGUGUGCCUCUGGCGGCCGACGGCCGCCCGGUCGGGUUUGGGCCGCCCAUCGGUCGACCGCGGUUCACCGCCGAACGGCCGGUAGCCGGGUACGGGCCCCGGCGGUGGCCGUACGGCGGCCGGUCGCCGGCCACGACCGGGCGGGUCCCGUGGGUGGGGCGGCGCCGUCCGCCGCCCUCCUGGCCGUGGGCGAGGGUUGAGGGCAGCAGCCGCGGCCGGCCGGCGCCGGUGCCCAGCGGCGGGGUGUUCCCGCUGUACGCCGGCUGGCGGCCGGGCGUCCGCUGGCCGGCGCCUCCCCCCACCGGCCAUUUUCCGCUCUACUCGCACUGGUACCGGCCGACCGUGGUGGCGUUGCCGGGCGGCGCCAUGCCGCUGCCGGAUCGGACGCAGUGGCCGCGUCCAGCCGUCGCCGUGGCGACCAGCGAGCAGACGUCGGCGCCGGGCGAGCCGGACUCGCCGCCCCUGGACGCCGACUGGCCGUGGCCGGCCGUGGCCAUGGCGAACGAAGGCGACUCGCUGGUGGUGACCGGCUUCGGCCGCAGCUCCGGCGCUAUGGCGACCGCCGCCGGCCGUAACAACUGGCCACCCGUGGCUUCGGCUACGGCCGGCGGCUCCGCCGACCGGGGCUCCUUCUCGCGCGCCUCGUCUGGCGGCUUGAACCUCUUCUUCCAAGACGACAAGUUCUGGAGUGAGCCUGCGUUCUUGCGAAUGCCGCCGGGCGCCGGCGACGCCGCCGCCGAGCCACCGUCGGGGCGGACAUCGCCGCCGCCACCGCCGCCGCUGCCGCUGCCGAUGGUGCCGCCGCCGUUGCCGACGUCCGAGCGCCCACCGGCCGGAGACGGAGGAGCGCCGAGCGAGGACUCCGGCCCGGCUACGGAGGACCAGAGCACCACGGGCCCGUCGCCGGCGCAGGACGGCGCCUGAGGCGGCAGCCCGAGCCAUCGGCGCCGAGCGGCGCUCUGGCGGUACUCCCACACCGACCCCUGGUAACCGUCAGCGGGGCGUGGUCAGCGGACCGUCCGGCGCGCUCGCCAUGUGGUGUUUGACGACUUGUCAAGUAUUACAGCAUAUACCAUGCCUUCGCUCUAAUAAAUCUCGGAUGAUGACUUUCCACAAU